GCCCCCACCCCCUGUCUCUCUCUCUCUCUCCCCCUCUCCCUCUGCCUCUCUCCCCCCGGCUCCUCCUGCUCCCGCCCCGGCACCGAUUGUUGACAAAAGACGCUGCUAGACGGAGAGAAGGAGCCCAGCGCCCCGGUACCGGUGUGGCCGAGGUGAUUCGGUUGUCGGUGGUGGUCGGACCGCAGCGGGCCGGCGUGAAGUCCCCCCCCCCCAAGACACAUUCAUCACCCCUCCUCCCCGGUCCUCCUGAAAAACACCAACGACUGGUAUUUACCGACAAAACCAGCGGCCAGCAUGGGUCACUCACUGUGAGGGAGGAGGAGGAGGAGCAGGAGGCAGCGGCCUUGGGCAGGUCUAUCCAGCCGGGAAUGGUGUGAGCUGAGACGGCCAGGCAGUCUGGAUCUGACCGGGGACCCGUCAUUCCCCCGGAGCCUCCGCGGCUCCAAGCCGCGUCCUGAGCCCUCCAAGAUGGGGAAGUGCGACGGCAGAUGCACGCUGCUGGUGAUAUGUUCACUACAACUGGUGGCUGCCCUUCAGAGGCAGGUGUUUGAUUUUCUGGGUUACCAGUGGGCUCCCAUCCUGGCCAACUUCCUACACAUAAUGGCCAUCAUCCUGGGCAUGUUCGGCACCGUGCAGUUUCGCUUCAGAUACCUCAUCUUUUAUGCAGUAUGGCUGGUCCUCUGGGUGGGCUGGAACUCCUUCAUCAUCUGUUUCUACCUGGAGGUCGGAAAUCUGUCUCAGGACAGGGACUUUCUCAUGACGUUCAACACGUCUCUCCAUCGUUCGUGGUGGAUGGAGCAUGGUCCCGGUUGCCUGGUAACGCCAGUGCUGGACUCUCGCAUGGCCCCAGAUGACCACCAUGUCAUCACCGUUUCCGGGUGUCUCCUUGACUACCAGUACAUCGAGGUGUUGAGUUCUGCCAUCCAGAUCUUGUUGGCUCUCUUUGGCUUCGUGUACGCCUGCUACGUGAGCAAAGUCUUCCAGGAUGACGAGGACAGCUUUGAUUUCAUUGGUGGCUUUGACUCUUACGGAUACCAGCCUCCUCAGAAGUCCUCUCAUCUGCAACUGCAGCCUCUGUACACGGCUGGUUAAUCAUCGGUAGCGCCCCCCUCAGGCCAAAACCCUGACGGCGUCACUGUGGAUGGGAAGUGGCAGUGGCCCUGAUUACACUCACUCUGUGUGUCACAGUUAACCUGAGCAAUGGACUUAACCCCACCCAGAGGGAGAGACGUCGUAUGCAUGUGUGCGUGUGUGCUUGUGUCUGAAAUGGAGAACUACAGCCCUGAUUAGAAUGUACAGAGCUCAGGGAAGAACCAGCACGCCAGGUGGUCUGAUAAGAUGAAUGGAAAGCAGGAGGCGGAGGAGGGGGGGUACAGAAAACAAGAGCUGGGGACACCUCUGUCAAAUCACCGAGGACACGCAUCACUAAACUGCCAGCUCUCAACACUCCCACAAGUGUGUGCGUGUGUGUGCGCGUGUGUGCGCGUUUGUGUGUGUAUGUGUCUGUGUGUGUGUGUGUGUGUCUGUGUAACUCCACAGGACUAGCAGAUGCUUUGUGGUUGCACCCUGGACUCUUACCACUCAGUGCCGUUGUGAAUUUUUUUGGGGGGAGUUUUUGUGUGGGACUGUGUGUGUGACUGUGUGUGUGACUGUGUGUGUGGGUGGGGACGUAGGUGGGGUCACAUAAUAAAAAGAGGCACAGCUUGUACCUGUUGUCGUUUUAGAAUGUGGUGAUGUCAAAUUAGAGCAGUCUUUAUGAGUCCCGCUCCCAAAGCCAUCUUCCCUCACUCACCUGCCGUUAAAAACCCCUGGUUGACAUUUUAGACUUUUACGUUACAGGUCAGGGCCGUAGUGGUCAUAAAGCAGAGCUGCUGGAGUGGAGGAGGUGAACUGCCUGAAGGAUCAUGCUGUUGUCACUUAAGGAAUUUUAUUAUUGUGAAAAAACAACCAGUGAAAAGAACAAAUUCAACAGCUUGUUAUGUGUCUCUUCCACUAAACCCAUUUUCUCCUGAGGGUCUUAAACUCUAAAAAUAGUCAUGGAAUAUAAUUUUCAAAAACAACCUAAAUCAUUUAGACUCUAGUUUUAAGCAAAGCCCUGUUUGAAGGAUUCAUUCACUGCUGGUUUUGGUAUUUUUACUGGAUUUGUUGCGUUUCGCGUUCCGUUUCAUCUCUGGCGAAAGUACAGAUAUAAAGUCAAAUGUCCAGUUCAUGGAAAUUUAGUUUUCAGGAGAUUAAAUUCAGCCCGCUGCACCUGUGAGGCUUUCGACCUAAAGCGUUGCAGAUGGCUUUGGGAUCAGGCAUUAGUGUGUCUAUGGGGGGAGGGGGAUACUGUGCAUGUAAAUAACCAGCCAAUGAUUGUUUUGUUGGUUUAAUUUAGAAAAAAGGGGGGGUGGAUGGGGGGGGGGGUACAUUAGCAAGGGGUUGGGACUGGGGGAGAGGGGUGCACAUCUCAAAGUUUUCCUUCAUACCUGCUUCUCUCGUCCUCUCACUGCCCAUCUGCAGCUUAGCCCUCCAUCGUCUUAUACACAUACCACACACUAUACGUUCUACCCCUGCAGCUCAGUCACUGGAGCAAUAAUGGCGACAAAUAGUCAAGGAAAAUAUGUCACGAUGACGCACGUCCACCUGCUUCCCCCGAGUAGUUUUUGUACCUGGGAUGGGAGAGAGGACGGGGGGAGGAGAAGCAGGUAUGAGGUGAAGACCUUAUUGGGUGUAAGGUGAAGUUUGAAAUAAUAAAAAAUACACUUUCUACAUUAAA